AUGGGCCUCCAGAAUGCCAAGCAUGCCAAAGUCAAGCAAGCCAAUAUACUGAUGUUAGGACUGGAUUCUGCAGGAAAAUCUACCCUGCUGUACAAGUUCAAGUCUAACGACGCUUUUUUAACGACUCCAACAAUUGGCUUCAACGUUGAUAUGAUCGAAACCGAGAGAGAUUUUACACUGACGUUUUGGGAUGUCGGAGGGCAACAGAAAAUGAGAGAGCUUUGGUGUAAUUUCCUGGAGAACACGGGCGGGCUGCUGUAUGUUGUGGACAGCUCUGACCAGCGGCGGCUGGAAGAAUCCAAGAGAGAAUUUGAACUCCUUUUAAAGAAUGAGUUUCUAAAGAAUGUCCCUGUGGUGGUGCUGGCCAACAAGCAGGAUCUGCCCGGAGCUUUCAACGCUGAGGACAUAACCAGGAGAUUCAACAUGCACAAGUACUGCAGUGACAGAAACUGGUACGUACAGCCCUGUUGUGCUCUCACGGGAGAAGGUUUGUCAGACGCUCUCCACAGACUCACCACAUUUGCCAAACACUACCACAGAUCAAAGGAGACUUCCAUGCUCUUCAAGAAAAUAGAAACACUCUAA